GAGAGAGAGAGGGAGAGAGGGAGAGAGAGAGAAGAGAGGGAGGGAGAGAGAGGGGGGAGAGGAGAGAGAGCGCGAGCGUGAGCGAGCGAGAGAAGAGAGGAGAAAGAGAGAGAGCAGAGAGCGAGAGGAGAGCGAGGUGUAGAGAAACCGAGGGGGAGAGAACCCGAGUGUGUGUAUGCGUGUGCGUGUGUGAGCGCGAGCGAGCUUGCGAGGGAGAGGAGCGAGAGAGUGCGAGCAAGAAAGAAUAAAAGGAAAGAAGAUUUUCUCUAUGUAUAUAAAGAUGGCCACGUUAGCAAACGGACAGGCUGACAACGCGAGCCUCAGUACCAACGGGCUCGGCAGCAGCCCGGGCAGCGCCGGGCAUAUGAACGGAUUAAGCCACAGCCCGGGGAACCCGUCGACCAUUCCCAUGAAGGACCACGAUGCCAUCAAGCUGUUCAUUGGGCAGAUCCCCCGCAACCUGGAUGAGAAGGACCUCAAGCCCCUCUUCGAGGAGUUCGGCAAGAUCUACGAGCUUACGGUUCUGAAGGACAGGUUCACAGGCAUGCACAAAGGCUGCGCUUUCCUCACCUACUGCGAGCGUGAGUCAGCGCUGAAGGCCCAGAGCGCGCUGCACGAGCAGAAGACUCUGCCCGGGAUGAACCGGCCAAUCCAGGUGAAGCCAGCGGACAGCGAGAGCCGAGGAGGUAGUAGCUGCCUGCGCCAGCCCCCUUCACAAGAUAGAAAACUCUUUGUGGGCAUGCUCAACAAGCAGCAGUCUGAGGACGAUGUGCGCCGCCUCUUUGAGGCCUUCGGGAACAUCGAGGAGUGUACCAUUCUGCGCGGGCCAGACGGGAACAGCAAGGGGUGCGCCUUUGUGAAGUACUCCUCCCACGCCGAGGCGCAAGCCGCCAUCAACGCUCUGCACGGCAGCCAGACCAUGCCGGGAGCCUCAUCCAGUCUGGUGGUCAAGUUCGCCGACACCGACAAGGAGCGCACAAUGCGGCGAAUGCAGCAGAUGGCUGGCCAAAUGGGCAUGUUCAACCCCAUGGCCAUCCCGUUCGGGGCCUACGGCGCCUACGCACAGGCACUGAUGCAGCAGCAAGCGGCACUAAUGGCGUCAGUCGCACAGGGUGGUUACCUGAACCCCAUGGCUGCCUUCGCCGCCGCCCAGAUGCAGCAGAUGGCGGCCCUCAACAUGAAUGGCCUGGCGGCCGCACCCAUGACCCCAACCUCAGGUGGCAGCACCCCUCCGGGCAUCACUGCACCAGCCGUGCCUAGCAUCCCGUCCCCCAUUGGGGUGAACGGCUUCACUGGCCUCCCCCCACAGGCCAAUGGGCAACCUGCUGCAGAAGCUGUGUUUGCCAAUGGCAUUCACCCCUACCCAGCGCAGAGCCCCACCGCCGCGGACCCCCUGCAGCAGGCCUACGCCGGAGUGCAGCAGUAUGCAGGUCCAGCCGCCUACCCUGCUGCCUAUGGUCAGAUAAGCCAGGCCUUUCCUCAGCCACCUCCAAUGAUCCCCCAGCAACAGAGAGAAGGGCCCGAGGGCUGUAACCUGUUCAUCUACCAUCUGCCCCAGGAGUUUGGGGACGCUGAGCUGAUGCAGAUGUUCCUCCCUUUCGGUAAUGUCAUCUCCUCGAAAGUGUUUGUGGAUCGGGCGACUAACCAAAGUAAAUGCUUUGGCCGGCACCCCGUGCCCUCCCGCUGCCAGGCCCCCUCCUGUCAGGGAGGACAGUGUCCAAUAAACUCCUCCACCCGCAGGCUUCGUGAGCUUCGACAACCCGGCCAGCGCGCAGACCGCCAUCCAGGCCAUGAACGGCUUCCAGAUCGGCAUGAAGAGGCUCAAGGUGCAGCUGAAGCGGCCCAAAGACGCCAAUCGCCCGUACUGAGUGCAGGCGGGAGCGUCCCCCGGGGGAGACCAGGACUCGCACAGGGCCAGUCAAAUCCACCACAGUCUCGCGCUGAGCUAGGAAUAAAGUUCACGUAAUCACAUGAGAGUGGAGAAAACAGUCCCCCAUCCGGCAGGAUGCUGAACGGGCUACAUUAAAAAACAAACCUCUCUCUAUAUAUAUUUAUAAAUGAGAACUGUUGGAUGACACCUUUGACAUAUCAGCCAGUAUCAAUCAAGCUGAAGACUCCAGACACUCUGUGACUGUCACAUUUCUUCAAGGAAAGUAUAGCGUCUAUGGAGUUCAGAGGGCACGUGUUUGGGGGAAAAAUAUAUGUGACAUAAAGAAGAAGAAGAUGAAGAAAAAUGAGAAAAAAAAAAGGCAACUUUAAAACAAAAUAACUUGAGACAAGGUGGGGAGGCUGCAGGGCUGGGAACCGGGAAGGGCCGCUGCUUCCCGAUCCCUGGGGCUUUUCCAGCCCAUGGGCGCCUGAGGCAGGCUGGGGCAAGCGGUGUGUCUGGUGGGGCCUGGUCCCCAGGGGGGCGGCUGGGAGGCCGCCGCUGAUCAUCUCUAUCUGUCAUUCCUUUAGCUAUUUAGGGACCAAAGGACCAAACUUUUUAUUGCAGAUGUGUAGCUCUAGGUCAAAUAGAGGGGGAACGGAGGAGAACCUCCUUCCUGCCUCAUGGCUGUUCUUGAAACAGCUUAGAGCGAUUCUAUGAAAAAUGUAAUUAAAAAAAAAAAAACACAAAAAAACAAAAAAAAGAAAAAUAAUGCUUCAAUGCUUUUAAAACAGCAAGAUAAUAGUUCUUUGAUACUUUGAGAGGCGCUUUGAUUACUGUCAUUCAAGUCUAUGACACUUUCCUAUGGUUUUCUGUAUUAUAUGUCUGGAUGGAGCUGUUAAGACGAACAAAUUGGUGGAUAUUCGGGGAAAGUAACAAAAUAUGAAAACUCGUUAACCGUGAAGUGUGAGAAAAGGAGGGGAAAACAAGGGACUGACGAGGCAAGAUAAUUGUUGUGAAAAGUCUGUAAAUGCUUCUAACUCUUCCCCCUCUUAAAAUCAUAAUAGUUGUACAGAAUUUUAAAAAGGAGAAGUUUAAAAUACCUAUAUAAUAGAAGAAAAAUUAGAGGAAAGCAAAAAAAAAAAAAAAAAACCUAUAGAAGUUAGCGUUACUGCUAAAAUCCCAGAUGUUGUAGGACUGUACUUUUGUAGAGUUUAGACUGAGCAUCAAUCCCUUCUCCCCGCGAGUGCUGUUGGAUGCCAUUGACCCCGAGGGCCAGGCCGGACCCGCCCAGACCUGUGGGCCCCUGGCUGCCCACCUCCGGUGGAGGCCGCGCCUCUGGCAGGAAGGCCCGCCGCCGCCUCCGCCCUCGCCUCGCUUCGCUCCGGGAGCUGCGCGCGCUCGCCCGCUCUCCGCAAGCCCUCGACACCUCUGCUUCACUCGCCUUCCAUGCUUGCUCCAGAGACUUUCCGGGCAAGGGAGACCUGGGAACUUUCAUCUUAAAACAACUAAACAACACACACACACACAAAAACCUUAAACAAGAGAGAGAAAAAAAAAAAAAAAACAAUCUUUGAAGAAUUUCUGAAACUGUUUACAAGGAAUUUUGAAAAACAGGGAUGUUUAAAUGAUGCCGGCUCUGUUUUUCUGUAAAUAAAUUUGCAUAUUUUGUAGGACUUUUAAUUGUAAUGAUAGAGAAAAAAAAACAAGGAAAACUAUUUAAUGAAAGCACGAUAUUUAUCUUUGGUAAAUGACUUUAGAGCAGUUAAAAAAGACAUUGCUUAAAAAAACUCAGAAUCAGAAAAAAACACUGAAUUAUUUAAGAACACAUAUAUUUUAAAGUAUAACAUAUUUAUUAUAAUUUAUUUGCACCGUUGGGAGGACUUGCUUUGGCUUUCCGCCUUGACGCCCUCCUCACUGAUGUCCUGUUCAUCUGGAGGCUGGGGGGCCCUCGGACCUACCAUGUUUUUUUCUUUUUUGCUUUAGAAGAACAUCUAUCUGGUUCCUCUCAGGCCUUCUGCCUUUCCUUUCUUUCUAUUUUGUUGGUUAAUUAUUAUUUUUAAAAUUUUCUUUUUCUUGGCUCCUUUUAGGAUGUCCAGAUGUUGUAAAAAAAAAAAAAAUGAAAAAAACAAAA